AUGGGUGUUUUCAAGUGGUUGCGGCGGGAGAGAGUGACUGUAACCACACGUCAAGUAAGCCCAAGCGCACAAGUUGAACAGCCACCAGACAUAACACAGGUCGGUACCAUACGCACCGAGGAGUACAAACGGGACUUAGCGGAAUUCCAAGCGAGGAGAUCAUCCGCAAGCAAAGAUAUACCAACUACCCCCGAUAAACGGAAAUGUGGGCGCCAUUCACUGCCAGUAUCGUGCACCGACUGUACAGGGGAUCCCGAUUCAACUUUUAAUUACGAAAAGAAAUCUGCUACGAAGUACAAGAAAAAGAUCCACAAAGUUAAACGAAGGUCUAGCGCGGAAGAAAAAGUUCCAAACAUUCAAUUCCUUUUUCAAAAUCAGGUCUUCAUGCCUGGAAACAUGUUCUCCUCUUCCUAUUCAGAACCAGCGAAGUCUCGUCGACAUUCGCACCGGGUGUACAGGCCUCCAGAUAUGGAUUUUUUGGUUCAAAGGCAUAUAGAUUUUAAGGAAGAUCAGUUAAUACCGCCACCCUUAUUCUUUAAAAACAAUUCUUUAUCGUUUGAUGUUAAGAAUUUUCUAGAUACACCUAGAAGCGAUGACGUAGAUGGGUCGAAAGGUGAGGAAAAUGUUAAAUCGUCUAGUCAUAAUUCUCCAGUCGAUGUUAAAAAGGAUGACAGUUGUGAAGAUAAAAUGUGGGAGGUGAUGGGCGAACUGAAAAACUUCGACCAGUGGGCGGACGAACAGUUAAAAGCGCAUUCGAUAAACACUACGAAGUCCGACGAUAACAAAAGCGACGCGAGCGUUUAUGGCUUACCUAUUACAAGUUCAAGCGACUUGAGUGUGACACUGGACAACACGAGAACCUGGAUAAAAGGCAAAUGGGGUGUGGUGCCUGUACAGAUAAAGAAGAUUGUAGGGGUCACCAUCGAGCAAGUUAAGAAAAAACGGAAUACUGAGAUCAAUAUAUUGAGAAAAUGUCGUCACCCUAAUAUAAUACUAUUGAUGGGAUUAUAUCCCGACGUUUAUAACGACGUGUACAUAAUAUGUGAGAGGUGCGUGGACUCGCUGUAUGGAGUGCUUCAUGUAAAGGGCCGGAUCAUAAGUGCCCAGACAUCGGUCAGGUAUGCAUUGGAUAUUGCGAACGCUUUAGUGUUUUUGCGGAUGCAGGGCUACUUGCACACACAGCUUUCUAGUUCAAGCAUCAUGAUCACGUCACAGGACACUGCCAAAUUGGCCGAUGUAGGGCCUUGUGCCAAACUAAUGCCCAGAAAACAGAAAGAGAAAUUCUACGAGGAGUACUCGCCAGAACCACAAUAUAUAAAUAUUCAAGAGGCUAACGACUCCAACCCGGUAGAAAAACAGGCACUUUUAUCUGAAACAGUAUCUGAAGCGUAUUUAUCAGCUAACGCAAUAGCGAAAGAAUAUGCAAGUUACCAUGACAGUGAAUUAUAUCGCUGGCAGGCGCCGGAGCUAUUUGAGCCCGAUGCACACGGACUGGUGUAUCCGUGUUCUAAGACCGACGUGUAUUCGUUAUGUUUGAUACUUUGGGAAUGUUGCAAUGCGGCAAUACCAUGGAAGACAUUGAAGUACGAAAAGCUAAAAGAAGUAUAUUUAACCUGGAAGACCGGGAUAAGGCUUCCCCAAGACGGCACGUACCCUGGUGGUUUGCUGGCGCUUCUGCAGGACGGACUGAUGCUGCAGCGUAAGAACCGACCAGAUCUGAACACUUUACAGACCACACUGCAAACUGUGAAGUGUAACCUUGACGACAUGGAGUAUAUAAUCAUACCCGCCCGACUUUCGAAAACGAAGUCCAACUUCAGCACUCAAGCCUGGGACACCACUUCACCAACAGAUUCCGAGUGCCAAAGCCCGAAACAAAUUAAACACAAAGCUGUAAUUCACAAGCGUGACAGUUCUACAGACAGCGACAAAGAAAUUUCUAGAAAUGUCGCGAGUCCAAUGUACGAAACGAUUCCAAAGACUGUUGAAACAUGUUCUAUGCCAGACAGAUGCUUCAUAUAUGACGACGAUGGCGCUGUCGAAAACAUACGGCCUGUUUUGAGAUAUGACCAUUUACCGGAAAAAGAUUUUUCAAGCGCCUGUUCAACCCCAAUAACAAAACUACAGGCUAGAAUUAGGGAGAAUACGCCAUUGUUGCACAAAAGUGACUCUACAGAGUAUUGUAGCAUCCUGAGUCCUGACCCCCGCGGUUUAAGCCUAGCGUUAAAUGACGUUAGCAUAAAAGACAAAAGCGAACGAUCUGCAACUAAAUUAAGCCGCAGUUUCACACCACAGUCGUAUAAGCCGUUACAUAUAAAUGUGCCGGAAUUCAACUUAGAUUCUAUUAAAUCUAUUGUCAAAGAUAACGGAAGCAGCGAAAGGUCGACUUACAAUUUCGAUAUCAAGAAUUAUAGUCUACCUACUACGCCUAUAGCGAGAAGUAAUAAGCUUAGGAAGAAUGCCUGGCUUUCUGGAGACGUCAGUGCUAAAGAGCGAAGCACGGAAAACAUAAAAUUUCUAGACAAAACUUCAAUAAAAGAAGCGACUAAAAAACAAUCUGAAACGCGGGCUAUAUCUGCCAACACUUCGAUGGAGAAUGAAGCGGAUUCCGAAAGUUCUUCAAAGCAAUUGAGUACACAGACAUCUGUGGAAAGUGAAGACACUGCUCGCAAUAGUUUUACGGGGCUAAGACGAGUGGAUCCACCCCACGAUUUCGUCACGUAUUCGGAAACCGAUGAAAUAAUACCACGCGAUAGAACCGGUUCCUGGUCGUUCAAAUCAUCACGCGAUAGUACGAGUACAAAGUACAAAGUAGAGGAGGAAGUUCUAGCCAAUGUCAACGUGAAGCCUCUGGUGGCAAUUCACGAACGGUGGAUAUAUGAAGCUAAUAGAAAAACUGGGCGCUCGAUGUCCUUGCCAGAAGAAAGAAAUUUAAAGAGCCAAUGCCAAGCUGUUAAGCCAGCGUCGCACUGUGUGGACACACUACAGAAAUCAUUGCCGCAGUUAAACUUGAAACGAGCAAACAUGGGGAAAUUCUUCCGUGCCCAGCCUAUUUCGCCGGGUAGUGGUAAAAAUGGCAACCAAUGGGACCAGUUCUGCCAAGCGAGAGAUACUAUUUCGAGAAGUGUUAACUUCGCACUUGAUUCUGUUGGUAGUAGCACAUGGAAAAAGGAUAACAGUAAAGGGACUUCGAGUAUUGCCGACACACAUAAAGAGCCGAAAGUAGAUCAAUCCACUGAUACGCUAAGUAUCGAAGAGUUCAUUAGAGAUCUUAUACGGAAAGAAUUCCAGCAUUUGUUGCAUGAGAUAUCUGAUGACGCUUCCACUACGACGUCCGCUCGAAAGGAAGAAAUACUCAAUAAGGGCGUGUCGAACAUUCUAGAAAGUUUGAAGACCAGCGACGAACCUGAACCAACUAAAAGAGAAUCGAUUAAAUCGUUCUCCAGAUUAAAAAUUAACGGCAAUAACAAACCUCUAUUGCAAAUAACUUUUGGUCGGUCAGGUGAGAACAGUCUGAAGGUGCUGGACAAUUGCGUAAAUGUGACUUUUUGCGAUGGGGGCUCUGUUGUGAAGGAAAACGUACAAUCUGAGGAGGACACAUUGACCCCUGAUGAUAUUCAAGUCAACUCAUUAAAGAGGUGUCAAGCUUUCAAUGCUAUUCAGGAAGCUCGCAGCACUGAAGACUUGUAUAUUGAUGACGACCUCUCCACGCACAUGCAAGAAAAUUUCGGGGGUAAGGUAAAAUUAAUACCCCUGCACGGCUCCCUACACGAGAUAUUGUGUGAGAAGGAAGACGACUGCUGUCUCAUCAAAGUGAAGCAGGAGAACGGCUGCGACACGAUCUACUUCAGAUGCGAUAACUCAGACACGGAAUCGAGGGAUGCCAUUGACGGAGCCGUCGAAGGCAGGCCACAGGACACCGUUGUAUUCAAACGAAGUAUUUCACUUAUAGAGGAACGCAUACAACGCGUCAUACCCAAAGAAAAACGGCCUAUCAUUAUCAAGAAGAAACCGGAUAUAAAAAGUCGACCUAAAUCGGAAAUUUUCUUACCGAAAAUCACUAAAGAGUCGCGCGUUAUGAGUAGCAGUAGCCCCUCACUUAUCAUGAAGGACGGCAAAAGUGAAGAGGUUGAAGUUAACAUAGAAAAUGUAAUGUGUUACCAAGACUCAUCUUCGGACGAGUGUCUGAAGUGUUCCGAUAUUGAUGACUUUGAACUGAUCGAAAGGGAGAUAGAAGAAGAUAUUGCCAAUAGUAACUUGACCUCUUUGAACUGUGGAUGCUUGGAGAAGAUAUCGGAGGAAAAUUUAUCAAUUAUUAACGAAGAGGUCACCGAGAAGAACUGA